CCCAGGGCAGGGCAGGGCGCGGUCGCAUCGCGGGUAGCAAGGAGCGGCGUCGGCGCUUGCGUCGCCAGUUAGCGAGAGAGGAAGGAAGUGACGACGAUGUCUUCGUGCGAGGACAAGGACUCUGCUGCCACGCGGGCCGCGGCGAAGACGGACGUGGAGCUGCUAAAGCGAUUUUGGCGCAACAAGAAGGUCGCGCUGGAGAUCCUCCACUUCGACUCCGCACACGUCUCCCGUGCCCUAUGGCCAUUGGAGGAGACGUUCGAUUACUUCAUGGAUAACGGCAUCGACGACCUGAUGGUCUCGUUGUACCGGAUGGAGCUCGACCGCACGCUCUUCAUGUUGUGCUCCUACCUAUGCCUCCACCUGCAAAAGAUUGAGAAGUACAUGGCGCACAUAUCCAAUUCUGUCGACCUCUUGAGCCGGUUGACGCAGCAGCAGGAGCGAUUCGCCAAGAGGUAUCUCUCAAAUUGAUUAGACCUUCUAUUGGUCGUUUGUGCUUGUUUUUUGGCUGAAAUGGCGCUCCCUUGUUGGGUUUGAGAUCAUUGAUGACCCACAAGUAUAAGGGAUCAAUUCUAGCUCUUUUCGAUAAGU